UGUUCUUAGUUCUUGAUCCGACACCAACAAACGAGAAACAGAGAAAAAAUAUAUAUUUCUGGGUUUCAGCUCUCCAGGAAAAUCUUUUCUGGGUUCCGUUUUCCCGGGAAAAUUAGCAAUGGAAGGCACUAGUUUUCACAAAGCGAGCAGCAGUCUGAGGAGAAACUCUUCGGUGUGGAGGAGAGAUACAGGAAUGGAGGUUUUCUCGAGAUCGUCUCGGGAAGAAGACGACGAAGAAGCUCUGAGAUGGGCCGCUCUUGAGAAGCUCCCAACUUUCGACAGGCUCAGGAAAGGAAUUCUCACCGCCUCCCAUGGCGGAGUCAACGAGAUCGACAUUCACAGCCUUGGCUUCCAGGAAAAGAAGAAACUGCUCGAGAGGCUCAUGAAGGUCGGCGACGAGGACCAUGAGAAGCUCCUCUGGUCUCUCAAGAACCGUAUCGACAGAGUUGGAAUCGAAGUUCCGACAAUAGAAGUUCGAUUCGAUCACCUAACAGUCGAGGCAGAGGCCCAUGUCGGCGGCAGAGCCUUGCCAACGUUCGUUAAUUUCAUCUCCAACAUCGUUGAGGGGUUUCUGAAUAAACUGCACUUUCUUCCGAGCGGAAAGCAAAAGUUCACAAUACUUAGAGACGUCAGCGGAGUGAUCAAACCCAGCAGGAUGACACUGCUCUUGGGCCCCCCGAGUUCUGGGAAGACAACUCUGUUGCUGGCCCUGGCGGGCAAGCUUGAUACUGAACUGAAGCAAUCUGGAAACGUGACGUACAAUGGGCAUGGAAUGAACGAGUUUGUCCCUCAGAGAACAGCCGCAUAUAUCAGCCAGCACGACGUCCAUAUCGGCGAGAUGACUGUUCGUGAGACGUUUGCCUUUGCUGCACGUUGCCAAGGAGUCGGUUCCCGUUACGAUAUGUUGUCGGAGUUGGCAAGAAGGGAGAAACAAGCAAACAUCAAGCCUGAUCCCGAUAUCGAUGUCUUCAUGAAGGCGAUGUCAACAGAAGGUCAAGAAACAAGUGUUGUCACGGACUAUAUGCUCAAGAUCUUAGGACUUGAAGUAUGUGCUGACACAAUGGUCGGAGACGAAAUGCUGAGAGGUAUUUCCGGUGGACAGAAGAAGCGUGUCACGACAGGCGAGAUGUUGGUCGGACCCGCGAGGGCAUUGUUCAUGGACGAGAUAUCUACCGGUUUAGACAGCUCAACCACGUAUCAGAUCGUGAAUUCCAUCAGAGACUACAUUCAUAUAUUCAAUGGAACAACCGUGAUCUCCCUCCUUCAGCCGGCACCCGAGACAUAUGGUCUCUUUGACGACAUCAUCCUUAUAUCAGAUGGUCAGAUUGUCUAUGAGGGUCCUCGGGAACAUGUCUUGGAGUUCUUCGAGUCCAUGGGAUUCAAGUGUCCUCAGAGAAAGGGCGUCGCCGAUUUCCUCCAAGAAGUGACGUCACGUAAAGAUCAGAUGCAAUACUGGGCAAGGACAGAGGAGCCUUACAGAUUCAUAACGGUGAAGGAGUUUGCAGAAGCAUUUCAAUCGUUCCACGUGGGGCGAAGGCUAGGGGAUGAGUUAGGGUUACCAUUCGACAAGACAAGAAGUCACCCGGCUGCUCUUACUACCCACAAGUUUGGAGUUGGCUUAAAAGAGCUCCUCAAAGCUAACUUCUCCAGAGAAUACCUGCUCAUGAAGCGGAACUCUUUUGUCUACUACUUCAAGUUCGGACAACUGUUGGUGAUGUCGUUUGUGACAUUGACAUUGUUCUUCCGAACUGAAAUGCAUAAGAAGACAGAAGUGGAUGGGACUAUAUACCAAGGAGCAUUGUUCUUCAUGAUGAUGAUGCUGAUGUUCAAUGGCAUGUCUGAGCUUUCCAUGACGAUAGCCAAACUUCCGGUGUUCUACAAGCAAAGGGAUCUUCUGUUUUACCCUGCGUGGGUCUACUCUCUUCCUCCUUGGCUCCUUAAGAUCCCCAUCACUCUGAUCGAAGCUGCCAUCACUGUCUUCACGACUUACUACGUUAUUGGCUUCGAUCCUAAUGUCGGAAGACUUUUUAAGCAGUAUCUUCUGCUGGUGCUGAUAAACCAGAUGGCUUCUGGGUUGUUCAAGUUCAUGGCUGGAAUAGGAAGAAACAUGAUUGUCGCGAACACGUUUGGCGCUUUUGCGAUGCUCGUCUUCUUCGCUUUGGGUGGUAUGGUUCUCUCCCGAGAUGACAUCAAGAAGUGGUGGAUAUGGGGAUACUGGAUAUCUCCGAUCAUGUACGGACAGAACGCCAUUGUUGCCAACGAGUUCCUCGGCAACAGUUGGAGUCGGCCUGCUCCGAACUCUACUGAGUCACUCGGGGUUUUUGUCUUGAAAUCGCGUGGUUUCUUCACCGAUGCUUACUGGUACUGGAUUGGAGUCGGUGCCUUACUCGGCUUCAUCGUCUUGUUCAACUUCUUCUUCACUCUAUCCAUCACCUUUCUCAACCCAUUUGGGAAGCCUCAAGCUAAUUUACCAGAAGACGCAGCCACUGAAAAGGAGAAUCCAAGCAACGGAACACAACCUGAUAUUUCAAACACAGGAAAUGCAGCUGAAGCAAACGACAAUAGGCAAAGAGGAAUGGUGCUCCCUUUCGAGCCACACUCCCUUACCUUCGAUAAUGUUACAUACUCUGUCGACAUGCCACAGGAAAUGAAAGAGCAAGGUUUCCAAGAAGACAGGCUUGUCCUGUUGAAGGGUGUUAGCGGAGCAUUUAGGCCGGGUGUCCUAACGGCUCUCAUGGGUGUAUCUGGUGCCGGGAAAACUACUCUGAUGGAUGUCCUGGCCGGAAGAAAAACUGGUGGUUACAUUGACGGCGAUGUAAUGAUCUCCGGUUACCCAAAGAAGCAAGAAACCUUUGCCCGUAUCUCUGGCUACUGUGAACAGAACGAUAUCCAUUCCCCGCAUGUCACCGUCUACGAGUCCUUGCUUUACUCAGCCUGGCUCAGAUUACCAAGAGAAGUCGAUUCAGAAACCCGAAAGAUGUUCAUAGAGGAAGUGAUGGAGCUUGUGGAGCUGACACCGUUAAGGCAAGCACUGGUGGGUUUGCCCGGGGUGAAUGGCCUUUCUACUGAGCAGCGGAAGAGACUGACGAUUGCGGUAGAGCUUGUGGCCAACCCCUCCAUUAUAUUCAUGGACGAACCUACUUCCGGGCUUGAUGCAAGAGCUGCAGCUAUUGUCAUGAGGACUGUGAGGAACACAGUGGACACAGGCAGGACCGUUGUCUGCACCAUUCACCAGCCCAGCAUUGACAUUUUCGAAGCCUUCGAUGAGUUGUUCUUGCUGAAGCGUGGAGGUGAAGAGAUCUACGUCGGACCACUGGGCCACCAGUCAGGCCAUCUGAUCAACUACUUCGAGAGUAUUCAAGGAAUCAGCAAGAUCAAAGAUGGGUAUAAUCCUGCAACCUGGAUGCUUGAAGUUUCAACCACUGCACAAGAAAUAGCUCUGGAGGUCGAUUUCGCACAAAUAUACAAAAACUCGGAUCGUUACAGGAGAAACAAGGAGCUUAUCAAGGAGCUAAGCCAACCAGCUCCAGGAUCGGAAGAUCUAUAUUUCCCAACACAAUACUCACAAUCGUUCUUGACACAAUGCAUGGCUUCGUUAUGGAAGCAACACUGGUCGUACUGGCGAAACCCGCCAUACACCGCCGUAAGAUUUCUCUUCACCAUCGGCAUCGCACUCAUGUUCGGCACCAUGUUCUGGGACCUUGGAGGCAAAUUGACAAAGAGACAAGAUCUGUUCAACGCAAUGGGUUCCAUGUACACAGCAGUUCUCUUCCUCGGCCUACAAAACGCUGCCUCCGUACAGCCCGUCGUCGCCGUCGAACGAACCGUGUUUUACCGAGAACAAGCCGCUGGGAUGUACUCCGCCAUGCCCUACGCCUUUGCUCAGGUUUUGAUCGAGAUGCCAUACGUGUUGGUGCAAGCGGUGGUGUAUGGACUGAUUGUUUAUGCGAUGAUGGGGUUCGAGUGGACGGCGGCGAAAUUCUUCUGGUACCUCUUCUUCAUGUACGGAUCGCUAUUGACCUUCACCUUCUACGGAAUGAUGGCUGUGGCUAUGACUCCGAACCAUCACAUCGCCUCCGUCGUCUCCUCCGCCUUCUACGGCAUCUGGAAUCUCUUCUCCGGCUUCAUCAUCCCACGACCUAGCAUACCGGUGUGGUGGAGAUGGUACUACUGGAUAUGUCCAGUUUCAUGGACAUUGUACGGACUAGUCGCAUCUCAGUUCGGAGAUAUCACUGAGCCACUGGCCGAGGGACCGACGGUGAAGCAAUUCAUAAAGGAUUAUUACGGAUUCAGGCAUGGAUUUCUCGGCGUGGUGGCCGCUGUUAACGUCGCUUUCCCUGUGCUCUUUGCCGUCAUAUUCGCCGUCGCCAUCAAGUUCUUCAAUUUCCAAAAGCGUUAAGAGUAGAAGUUGUCAUCUUCUUCAUUCUUUCAAGAUUUUUGUAUUAUAACAAUAAACUGGGAAUGUACGACGAAUUCUAUCGUUUCACAAACAAUAAAGGUUACAUUUUUUAA